CUUCAUUGCGAUUGCGACUCGCGGGACGCGGUGCAUCUCACGAACAUAAAUGUCAAGUUUCUCGCGAGUUUCUGCGUAGUCUCGACUGUGCCAGUACACUCCAAUCCAUAAUUCGUUAAGUGCGGUUCCGAAAAAAUAAAUAUAAAACAUUACGUGACAAUUAUCUAUGUCAACAGUUUUUAAUCAAUUUCUGAGAGUUCUUAUCAUGUAGAUAGCGUUAUCUCUAGUGGUGCAGUGUGGCUAGUGUCAGUGUGUGUGCGAGUGUUGCGGAGAUAUGCCGCUGUUCACGCGAAAGUUCCUCAAGGACCCGAACGGAGUUCACGAUUCGCCUGCCAAACCCACACCUACUCCCACUGUGAACAAUAAUGGAGUGAAGAGUGAACGAGAAGUGGCGAUGGCGGAGCCGCAGAAACAGAAACUGGUGUUCCAUUGUCAACAAGCCCAGGGGAGCCCCACAGGACUGAUAUCGGGGUUCUCCAACGUACGAGAGUUGUACCAGAAGAUCGCAGAGUGCUAUGACUUCCCUGCGGAAGAGAUCCUGUUUUGCACUCUCAACACACACAAGGUAGACAUGACCAAGCUGCUUGGGGGACAGAUCGGAUUGGACGACUUCAUAUUUGUUCAUAGGAAAGGUCGGCCUAAGGAAAUAGAGCUACGAAAGACUGAGGAAGCCUUGGGUCUCACAAUCACAGACAAUGGCUCUGGCUAUGCCUUCAUCAAGAGGAUAAAGGAGGGAAGUGUCAUUGACGGCAUUGAGUACAUCCAGGUUGGCGACCACAUAGAGAGGAUCAACUCUGAGAACCUUGUAGGCAAGAGACACUUCGAGGUGGCGAAGAUGCUUAAGGAGAUUCCACGGGACACAAUAUUCACAAUCAGACUUGUCGAGCCUCUGAAGGCAGGCUUCUCAAAUAUAGACUCAAGAGGAAGUGCAAGAAGAGGUAAGAAGUCUGGCUAUGGGACUGGGAAGGAGACACUGCGACUGAAGGCUGAUGGAAAAGCGCAAGUCCAAAAAUUGGACAGUGCCAUGCAACAGGGCAUAGACAGUAUCAAUCAGCUGCUGGAGGGCUUCAUGGGUAUAAAUGACUCAGAACUUGCCACACAAAUCUGGGAACACGCAGAAGGGAAGACUAACAGUAUGGACUUUGCUGAGGCCAUCGACAAUUCUGACCUCGAGGAGUUUGGAUUUACUGAUGAAUUCAUAAUAGAAUUGUGGGGUGCAAUAACAGAUGCUCGAGCAGGCCGGCUCAAAAAUGAAGUGUUCUGAGAACGAAUCCUGAGCGCUUAGUCAUCAAACAUGUGUUCAACUUCCACUCAUUGUUACCACUCUCAUGUUUUAUGUGGGGAAUUCAUUAAGAUAAAUUCUUUACAGUAUUUAUUCUUGUUGAUGCUGGGAAGAGUUUUGUUGUAUUCAGUAAAAUCUUAUAUUUUAACUUAUUGUACAUAUUUUGUAAAAAAUUUUAAUAUUGCGUACGGUAUGUGAAUCCAUUGUCAUUUGUUGAAAUUUUGAAAAUAUAUUAUUGCUUUUUA